CAUCAAUCUUCCUGCUCUCGCUUCACUUCUCAGAUAGCUCACUGGCUUCGGGAUGCUCCCCACUGAGUUCUCCUGCCUCCUGGGGCUGCUGGCCAUGGCGGGCCUUGCCUGGAACCCCUACCCCGCACUGGAGCAGAGCUUCCAUGACCUGCCGCCAGUCACCUGGGACCCUGUGGAGCAAUUCAAGGCCUUUCAGAUCCAGUAUAACAAGAGCUACCCGGAUGCAGCAGAACAACAGCGGCGCUUAGAGAUCUUUGCUGACAACCUGGCCUGGGCCCGGCAGCUGACGAAGGAGCACAGGGGUGUGGCCCAGUUCGGGGUGACCCAGUUCAGCGACCUCACAGAGAAGGAAUUUCGCCAGCUUUACCAACCAUCCCAGCCCAGCUUCUCAGAUCCCAGGCUGAAGAUGGGAGGGCACCCAAAAUUACAGAGGCCGCAGACUCGUUCCUGUGACUGGAGGAAGGCGGGAGUCCUGAGCCCCGUGAGACAUCAGAAAAACUGCAAAAGCUGUUGGGCCAUUUCCGCCGUGGGCAAUGUUGAGGCCUUGUGGGCCAUCAGGUACCAGAAGAAUUUUGAGCUCUCUGUGCAAGAGGUGCUGGACUGUCAGCGCUGUGGACGAGGCUGUGAGGGCGGCUACGUUUGGGACGCCUUCAUAACUAUCCUCAACCAAAGCGGCCUGGCCAAGGAGAAGGAUUACCCCUACAUAGACCAGCUGUCCCACAAAGGCUGCCAAGAGAAAAAGAAACAGGCCUGGAUCCACGACUUCUUAAUGCUGCCCAAGAAGGAGAAUUACAUGGCUCAGUAUUUGGCAGAAAAGGGACCCAUCACUGUGAACAUCAAUUCGAGACUCUUACAGAACUACAAAAAGGGGGUGAUCAGACCGUGGGUCAAUUGUGACUCCAAGUACUUGGACCACUACGUGCUGCUAGUGGGCUUCGGCCAGAUCCACAACUUUACCUACUGGAUCCUAAAAAACUCCUGGGGCAGCAGCUGGGGAGAAAAGGGCUAUUUCCGGCUGCAUCGAGGGAGCAACGCUUGCGGCAUCAACAAGUACCCAAUCACUGCUCUGCUGGAAGGCUCCGCCCCCAGGAUGCGCUGCCCCCGCUAACGACUCCCGCCCCGGCCCCCAGGAUGCUCAGUACUUACAGAGCGUCCUGUGCUUGAGCGCCCAAUAAAGCUGCUGCUCCACAGUC